GUGUGUACACAUAACUUACAUACAGAUGUGCGAUGUUCGAUGUGCACCACGAAAACGGUCAACGCAAAAAAAGAAGAGAAAAAAAAACAACACUAGACAACACUUGGAAAUCGAAACAUUAGUUGGGAAUCUAGAAGGCGAAUGCAGUUUAAUCAAAUAACACAUAAUAUUCGAAAACAGAUUUGGUUGAACAGUUCGCAAAGCAAGCAAUUUUUAGAACUUAAACAACCGAAUUCAACCUAUUUAAUGCCAUGAGCGCCAACAAAAUAAGCGAGGCGCCCACAGUGCCAACAACAUCAGCAUCUGACGCGGCAGUGGCAACAACUCCAACAACAGCAAGUGCAACUGUAAGCGAGGCAGAUAUCGAAUCAUCAGAUGCCAUAGCGACUGGAGGAAUCGUUGGAGUCCCAGCCAAUGAGGUUGAGGGACUGGCUGAACUGAAGCAAUUCAUUAGCGAAUUGCAGGAAAAGAUAGACGCCAAGCGUCAGCUGCGACAGCAAAACGCCAACUUCGAGCUACCCGGUGAUGAAUACUUUGCGCGCCUUGACUCUAGCCUAAAGAAGAAUACGGCAUUCGUCAAGAAAUUGAAACUCUUCACAAGCACACAGCUGGACUCGCUAUUGCGCGAACUCUCGGCCCUAAAUCUAAGCAAAUAUAUAUCCGAAAUAUGCGCGGCUUUGACGGAGGCCAAGUUGAAGAUGACGGAUGUGCCAGCCGUGGUAACGCUGGCCUCCAAGCUGCACUGCACCUAUGCGGACUUCAGUACACAGUUUCUUGAGGCUUGGCAAAAGGCUCUGAAGGCAACAGAGAAGAUCAGCAAUCCGAGUAAAUUGCGCGUGGAUCUGCGUCUGUUCGCAGAGCUGGUCAGCUCGGGUGUUAUACAGAUGAAGCCGGGCUUGGCGCUGCUUGGGAUGGUGCUGGUGCAGCUGAUAGCCAUGGACAAGGACGAUCAUAGCAACUUCUCAAUAAUAUUGUCGUUCUGUCGCCACUGUGGCGAGGAGUAUGCCGGCCUGGUGCCGCAAAAGAUGCAGCAGCUGGCUCUCAAAUACGACAUCGAGGUGCCCAAAUCGGAUUUCCUGAGUGCCGACAAGCAGCUCAACUUGCGCACCAUGCUCAAGGGAUACUUCAAGGCGCUCUGCAAGCAUGUGCUGGCCGAGCAGGCCGCCCUCAUGAACAUGACCAAGAACAUAAGGCGCACCAUGGAAUGCAAGGGCGAGAUCAGCCAGGAGAAACGUGAGAAAUGCGAGCUGAUGCAGGCGAGCUUCGAUAAACUGCUCGCCUCGGCUCAGUCGCUCUCCGAGCUGCUGGGUGAACCGAUGCCAGAGCUGACUAAGGAGUCGGAGUGCUGUAAUCCGGGCACAGUCAUCGAUAAUAUGCUGGACAGCGCCGCCUUUGGUACGCUCGACCCGUGGGGCGAUGAGGAGACGCGCGCCUUUUACACCGAUUUACCAGACUUGCGACAAUUUUUGCCCAACUUCUCGGCGCCCAAAGUGGAUCUGGAAACGCUCGAAGAGCCUAGCGAGCUGACCGAGGAGGCCAUUGAUGCAAAUAUUGAUGCUGAGCUAGAUAUGGAUGAUCCGCCAUCAGCGACCAGCGAUACGGCGCUCGACAAGGAUCAGGAGGAGCAACAGCAGCCAGGCGCUGCAGCUGAGCUAGGAGCAGCAGCAGGAACUGCACUUCCAGGUGCAACUGUUGCUGUUCCUCCUCUGCCCAUUGAUAAGAAAAUGGGCAGUGCGCUAAUGGAACUGGGACGUCAACAACAGCAACAGCAGCAGCAGCUAACGCAACAGCAACAACAAACGACACAAUCGCAGAGUCAAAAUCUACGGCAACAGUUCGAUGUUUUUCUACUCAAUCUAUUCAAUUGCGUGAACAAGGAGCUUAUCGACUCGGCCGCGAUCGAGUUUCUGCUCAACUACAAUACAAAGCAUCAGCGGAAGAAGCUAACGCGAACUAUAUUCAGUGUGCAGCGCACACGACUCGAUAUCUUACCAUAUCUGUCACGAUUCGUGGCCAUUGUGCACAUGUGCAACACGGAUGUGGCCGCGGAUCUGUCCGAUUUGCUGCGCAAGGAAUUCAAGUGGCACAUCCGCAAGAAGAAUCAGCUGAACAUUGAGUCAAAGCUGAAGAUCGUACGCUUCAUUGGCGAACUGGUCAAGUUCGGACUGUUCAAGAAGUUCGAUGCUCUGGGCUGCCUGAAGAUGCUGCUGCGUGACUUUAUCCAUCAUCACAUCGAGAUGGCGUGCGCCUUUGUCGAGGUCAGCGGCGUCUAUCUGUACAAUUGCCGUGACUCGCGGCUGCUGAUGAACGUCUUUCUCGAUCAGAUGCUGCGCUUGAAGACGGCGACGGCAAUGGAUUCGCGUCAUGCGGCGCAAAUUGAGAGUGUUUACUAUCUGGUCAAGCCGCCGGAGUCGGCGAAGCGUGAGCUAGCCCCACGGCCGGUAAUGCACGAGUAUAUACGCCAUUUGAUAUUUGAGGAGCUGUGCAAGCAGAAUGUGGAGCGUUGCAUUAAGAUGCUGCGACGCAUCAAUUGGGACGAUCCGGAUGUCUAUAACUAUGCUAUCAAGUGCCUGAGCAAAGCGUAUCUGUUGCGCUUCCCACUCAUCCGUUGCCUGGCCGAUCUUGUCUCCGGACUGAGCUCCUACCAGCCGCGUGCUGUCACCAUUGUCAUCGACAAUGUAUUUGAGGAUAUACGCGCCGGCCUCGAGAUACAUUCGCCCAAGAUGUCGCAGCGUCGCAUCGCCAUGGCCAAGUACCUGGGCGAGAUGUACAACUAUAAGCUGGUGGAAUCCUCGCAUAUACUGAACACCCUCUAUUCGAUAAUAUCGCUUGGUGUGACAUUGGAUCAGUCUGUCAUAUCGCCGCUCGAUCCGCCGGAGAGUCUGUUUCGCCUGAAGCUCGCCUGCAUGCUGCUCGAUACAUGUGCUCCCUACUUCACCAGCCAGGCCACGCGCAAGAAAUUGGACUACUUCUUGGUGUUCUUUCAGCGCUAUUAUUGGCACAAGAAGUCGCAUCCGGUAUUCAGCAAGUCGGAAAAUACUUCCGAUCUGUUUCCCAUACUCGUCGAUCACACCUAUCGCGACUGUUUGGCCAGUGUGCGGCCGAAGCUGAAGCUGUACAAGAAUCUGGAGCAGGCCAAAGAGGCCAUCGAUCAGCUGCAGGAGCAGCUGUAUCCACAGCUGAGAGCCUGCAGCAACAACAACAAUAAUGCGCAGGAUUCCAGCUUGGAUACAAUCAAUGAAAUCAACGAACUCGACGAUGGCGUCACGGAUGACUCGGGCUCAUCGGAUGAUCAGCGGGAACGUCAAGCGGCUGGCGGCUCGGAGGAGGCAGAUCAAGGCAACUGGACUGAAUAUGAGGUGGAGCCAGUGGCGCCACCGCCGCCGCCGGAGAAAUCCAAGGAGGAUCUGGAAUUCGAGCAAAUGUAUGAGAAGAUGACCAGCGACUCGUAUCAGGAGCGACUCAAGGAGCCGCCACUCAAAGCCACCCACAAGGAUAUACCGGUGCCCAUGAUGGCACGCCUGCAAAAGAAGUCCUACGACCAGCUAAACUGCAACAAUGCAAUGCAGAUCUCAAAGGGCAAUGCUUCUGCCCCCACCACUCCCACAAAUCAUGGCCACAAUUGGGAUGGUGGCAACCAUUUAACGUCAGCAACUGCUGCCACCUCCUCGAAUGAUGUCGCCGCCACAGAGGCUAGUGCCGGUGGCGGUUGCAGUGGCAAGGGCAGCGGUGCUGUGCCGUUUGUGCUGAUGGUGCGCGGCAAUAAAGGAGGCAAACAGCAGUUCAAGUCAUUUGUGGCCCCAUCGGACUCCCAGUUGGCCAUCAAUCUGAAGCUGCAGGAGCAGAAGACGCGCGAGGAGAAGGAGCGCGUCAAGCGACUGACCCUGAACAUAACAGAGCGCAUCGAGGAGGAGGACUAUCAGGAGUCGCUCCUGCCGCUGCAACAGCGCAACUUUACGCAGAGCUACUACCAGAAGCCCAACAAGAACAAAUUCAAGCACCAGAAGGGUGCACCCGAUGCGGAUUUGAUCUUCCACUAAAGUGUCAGCUGUCCAGCAUGCGAACACUGACUGACUGCCAGCCCGACUCCCAGUCUGCCCGCCUACCCGCCUACCCGCCUGCCUGCCUGCCUGUCUGCUUAGAAGCUUCAAAAGCGCGAUCAAUGCAAAAAUAUCUCUCGUUUAUAGACUGGCGAUGAGCAUGAAUAAUAAGAUGUCCUCGGUGGCAUAUAUAAAAGCGGGUGGGCGGGGCAGACGGCCGAGCCAUCUUUGCAUCAUUGUUAGUUGCUCAAUAUUGUUGUGGAACGUACUUAAGUCGGAAGUGUCCUUCUUACACAGCCAACAUGUCCUAGGCAACACACAUACACAGACCCCACCCACACACAUACACUCAGAGAGAAACAUCUAAUGGAUAUAUAUAUAUAAAUAUCUAUAUAAAUAUAAUAUAUAUAUAUAUAUAUAUAUAUAUAUUAUAUUUAUAUAAACACAUUUAGAGCUAUUGAUUGCGGAGAUUAUAGCAGCACCCCACAAACUUGUUUAGAAAACAUCUUUUUUUUUUAUUUUUUGGUUUUUUUUUUUUUUUUUUUUUUUUUUUUUUUUUUUUUUUUUUUUUUUUUUUUUUUUUUUGUUUUUACCAAUAAACCACACAGAAAUCAUCGACUUCCAGACAUUUUUCCAACGAAUUUUAUAAACAAACUUCAACAAUAAUGUAAUAAAAUCGAUUCGUUUUUAUUAUACAAGAACAUGCAAUGCAGCUCCAAUCGAUGGAUCGAUGGAUUCAAUGAUGAGAUCUACUAAAUAUAAUGAAAGUCAUUAAACCAUUAAGAUGCUAACUUUCUUGAAUAGUACUCAAAAGAAUGCCUUAUAUACAUAUACAUACAUAUUAUAUAUUUUGCGCUUAACAUGAAAGAAUUCUAGUUCGUUUUUUUUAUUUGUUUGUAAUAUACAAUUGUUAUGAUAACAUAUACAUAUAAUUAAUUUAGAGUUAAGUUACAGACAAAUGUCAAGCAUGGAACAUAAUUACAUUUCAGCUUAGGUAAUCUUUGGAAUCCUGGAAAUACGUAAUUAUAUAUAUUAUAUGUAUAUAUAAUAUGUGAAUAUUGUUCUUGCAUAAAGAUUGAAUCUAUAAACUAAAUUGAACUUUUGGAAUAAUCUGAACCCAUGGAAAAUGAAAUAUCAGGGUAUAAUAGUUUUGCUAAAAUGUAAGUAACAGGCACGUGGAGGCAUGGCAGGACCCACAGAGUAUAUAUUUUUGAUAAGGAUGUCUGUCUAUAGUAUAUAUGAACAUGUCUAUCUCAGAAUUUAUUAGAUCUGGACACCUGAAAUUUAAUUUGUAUGUCCCUGUUUAGCACAUCGAACUUUUUCCAAAAAUCGAUAACAUUUUUUGAACUGAUGUCUACUAAUUUUUAUAUAAAUUAACGUGAAACGAAGAAUGAUUAGAAAAUCCGUUCUUCCAAGGCUACAGGAGAUUUCGUAGUCGGGCAAUUUCGACUGAAGCCCUCUUACUCCUUACUAAGUACUCUUUGGAAUCGAGGAUACAUCAUAGAGUUGAAUUUAAAUUCGUUGAGUAGGCUUUGCCCUGGAAUUUGACUUACAUUUUGCUGAGUAGGCUUUGGAAUCGAGGCAGUGUUGUGACUGGGAGCUGGAACUAUUUCUCUUCACUUUCAAACUGAAUACAGAGCUCUACACAUAUCGAGCAUUUUUCCAAAUUUAAGUUUUUUUUUUCGGGAAAAAGUAAUAUUUCUGUUUUAUUUCGGAAAAAAGUAAAAUUAUUUGGUUAAACAAAAAUAAAGCAAAUUUCGAAAGCCAUGGAGCUAACCAGAACGCGAAGUUUAUCCACUCCGAUGAUCUCGAGUAGCAUUAAGCAUUAACAUGGCUAUCUCUCAUCACUCGUCGCCCUCGUUCAGUGACCGUAAUAAGGCAAGGGUCUCACCAUUGGCAAAUGACGAGGACAUGCCCUUCCCCUAGAGGCGCCGCUUCAAUUCGACGAGGGAUUUCAGUCUCCGCUGGAAGGACGAGUGAGGAUCAUUCUAAAGCGGAGUGUCAGCAACCGUCGGAAAAAUUUCUGUCCUCUUUGAACCUCACACACAUUCUCACACUCAUUCAUAUUCUAAGUUAGUUUUACUUCUUUUUUUGUAUUUUGCGUUGUUAUUAUUUUGUUAUUAUCUAUUGGUACUUAUUUGAUCUCUUAAUACUUUUUCAUGCACUUAAUAUAUUAUCUAACCAUCAAACAUGUGUUUUCCUCUAUGGCUGCAAUUUCAUACUGUGGGGCGUUUUUAGUUAGUUUGAUGCUGGUGUUAUAUAUCUUUUAGUCCUUGGUACAAGACCAAGGUUAGGUAGUUCCAUUUACUGCUUAUGUAUCGAAAAAAGAACGUGAACGAGUUGGACAACGGAGAUGAAUGUAAAACAGUGAAGGACGAGACUCCAAUGGAUAUUUCCAAGUUCUAGUUUAUUACAUAGAAAAUAUUAGUCUCAUAUACCGUUUCUUAGGUGGUAGAGAUUACUGAGGUGUAACCUAAAAAAAUAUAAACAAGUAAGAAGACUCUCUAAUCGAGACUGUUCGACUAGGAGAUAGCCUGAACCUUGAGGAGUCAGUGACCUUGAGGGGCCAGCGACCUUGACGGGUCAGUGACCUUGAGGGGCCAGUGGCCUUGACGGGUCAGUAACCUUGAGGGGCCAGUGAUCUUGAAGGGUUCAAUGACCUUGAGGGUUGGGGAUCGGAUGAGAGAGGGAUAGGAUAUAGAGGUAGAGGAAAGAAGAGGGACUGAAUGGAAGGGAGCUUGAGAGGAUGAGUGAGAGAUGGGAAAGGCGAGGGAGGGGUAGGCAUAGGGAGGGGAGUGAUUGGUGAAGAUAGAGAGGUAGACAGGCUAGUUUAAUAAUUUCUUUCGUAUUGGUGGGGGUAAAUAUUAUUAUUAGUUUUAGCUGAGUAGGCUUUGGAAUCGAGGCUGUGUUGUGACUAGGAGCCUGAGCUAUUUUUCUUCACUUUCAAACUGAAUACAGAGCUAAACACAUAUCGAGCAUUUUUCCAAAUUUAAGUUUUUUUUCGGGAAAAAGUAAUAUUUCUGUUUUAUUUCGGAAAAAAGCAAAAUUAUUUGGUUGUCCAAUAAUAAAGCAAAUUUCGAAAGCCAUGGAACUAGCUAGAACGCGAAGUUUAUCCACUCCGAUAAUCUCGAGUAGCACUAAGCAUUAACAUGGCUAUCUCUCAUCACUCGUCGCCCUCGUUCAGUGACCGUAAUAAGGCAAGGGUCUCACCAUUGGCAAAUGACGAGGACAUGCCCUUCCCCUAGAGGCGCCGCUUCAAUUCGACGAGGGAUUUCAGUCUCCUCUGGAAGGACGAGUGAGGAUCAUUCUAAAGCGGAGUGUCAGCAACCGUUGGAAAAAUUUCUGUCCUCUUUGAACCUAACACACAUUCUCACACUCAUUCAUAUUCUAAGUUAGUUUUACUUCUUUUUUUGUAUUUUGCGUUGUUUGUUUAUUAUCCUUUGGUACUUAUUUGAUCUCUUAAUACAUUUUCAUGCACUUAAUACACAUACAUUAAGAAACCUAACUAUCCUGCCAUAAAA